GGCAUGCUGACCUCCUAGCCACCUGUCAGAAUGCCAAGCAAGAAGGACUCAAAGAAGGACGCCAAAAAGGAUGCAAAGAAGGACACUAAGAAAGGUGGGAAGCCUGAACCUGAGCCCGUAAAGAAGGAAGAGGAGAAGAAGGGGAAAGGAGGGAAAGAUGACAAAAAGGGGGGGAAGGAUGACAAGAAAGGCGGGAAAGAUGACAAGAAAGGCGGGAAAGGAAAGGAGGACCCCAAGGCAAAGGGGAAGGACGACGGAAAGAAAGGAAAAGGGAAGAAGAAGGUGGAGUCCGAGGAGGACUCUGACCUACUGAGUGACGAGGAAGACGAGGAGUUCAGCGACGAGGAGGAAGACUCAGAGGAAGACCCGAGAGGGAAGGGACGCGGUAAGGACAAAGGAGGAAAGGGAGGGAAGUCCAAAGGGAGACGGGGAUCCUCCGAGGAUGAGGACGAAGAGGACGAAGAGGACGAGGAGGAAUAUGAUAAGAAAGGCAAGAAGAAAGGCAAAGAUGACAAAGGAUCAUCAAAGAGCCAUCCCAAAGGAGGGAAAGAUGACAAGAAGAAGAAGAAGGAAGUCCUUCCUCCACCUGCCAUUAAAGAACUACCAAAGAAGGGUCUGAAGAACAUGUCCAAGAUGUUCAUGAAGUUCUCCGGCCUGAAGAGGCGCAAGACCAGCAAGAGAAAGCUGAAAAGUACGUCCCGUCUGUUCCUGGGUCUGGGGAAGAGGAAAUCCCGGCUGGCGAAGAAGAAGCGGCGCAAGUCAAUGCUAAAAAACACAUCUAAGUUCAUGAUGCGCUUCCAUGGCAGCAAGAAGAGGAAACAGGAAAAGGAGGCAAAGGAGAAGGCGGCGGCGAGCGGUGGGAAAUCCACCUACAUGCUGCUGCGUCUGGACGGCUCAAAGAAGAAGAAGGGCUUCUUCAGAGGGUUAUUUGGUAAGAAAGGGCCCGACGGCCUGACCGACGACUUCAAGAACAGCAGCCUUAUGCUGGGUAAAGUUGCAGGAGCCACCAACUGGCUAACCAAGAGGUUCCUUUCAACUAAAAUGCACUCCAGUGCGCAUGAAGGCGGGGGCUGGGGGGGAAACCGAGCGCAGAGCCGUCAGGCCAGCAGCCGGCGGAACCACCACCCAGGGUACCAGAAUGAUGGCUAUGAACAUGGGGAGGACGUGUAUGGUUAUGACCAACAAAAAGGCUACGGCGGAUAUGAUGAUGGUUACGAUGGUUACGGCGAGCAGGCAGGGGCUGCAUAUGGGGGACACGAUCAGACGGGUUACUAUGACGAUGGGGCCGGGGGACCAGACUACCAGGACCUCGGCUACUAUGAGGAGGAUGGCAACUAUGAACCGGAGGCUGCCUACUACGAUGAUGGCCUCUAUGGACGCAACAAUGACAAUGGAAAUGCAAACAUGGACUACUAUGACCGGGGAUACCACCAGGAGCAUGAUUUAUAUGGUUAUCAACAACAGCAGCACAUGGACAUGUAUGGGGAAGAGGGAGUGGACUUCUAUGGAGAAAUGGGGGAAGAUUAUGGUCUCUAUGGGGAUGAGAUGGGGAAUUAUAUGAGUCCACAAGCUCAGGGCUUUUACGACGAUGGUCAGGCAGGUUACUACAAUGAUGGUACAGAGGGUUACUAUGACGAUGGACAAGCCGGUUAUUAUGAAGACCCAUAUGAGGCGACGAUGGGAAGGCAAAGGGGAUUCCAGCAAGACUACCAACUCAACUACAGCGAGGUUGGGAGUCCCUACCAAGACUACAGUUCCCUUCAGGCAACAGGAAUGUUCCCCGGUAACCAACAGCAAUAUGGAAUGGUUGUCAAAGGACUCGAACACGUACACGGUCAACAGGGAGGCCAAUACGUCGACCAGUUUGACCCGUACGGGAAUGACAUCGGGGAUGUUCAGGGAGGGGAGAUGACCUUCAGAGUGCCAAGACCGCAAGUGCGUCUGUUUGGAAAGGAACGUCUGGAUGUUCCCUUGCAUCCGGCGCCCACUCUACCCCCAGAUCCGGAGUUUGAAGACAUGUCGGAGAUCCAGUACGAGGACCAGAUUCCCUUUUCGCCGUACCAGCAGGACGACAUGAUGCUGCAGCAGCAGCAGGAACGACUGAUGAUGUCACCACAGCAGCGCAUGCCCCAGCAAAUGAUGUCGCCCCAGGAGCAGAUGAUGAUGUCACCCCAGCAGCAGAUGAUGAUGUCACCACAGCAGCCCCAGAUGAUGAUGUCACCACAGCAGCCCCAGAUGAUGAUGUCACCACAGCAGCCCCAGAUGAUGAUGUCACCACAGCAGCCCCAGAUGAUGAUGUCACCACAGCCCCAGAUGAUGAUGUCACCACAGCAGCAGAUGAUGCAGCAACAAAUGCCUCCUCAGGACCAAAUGAUGGUGUCAGCACAGGAAGAUCAAAUGAUGUCACAGCAGCUCAUGUCUGCACAGGACCAAAUGUUUAUGGAGUCCCAGAUGAUGCCCCAGCAUCCACAAAUGAUGACACCCAUGGCACCACAGCAACAGAUGAUGGCACCACAACAGCAAAUGAUGUCACCGCAAAUGGGGUUACCUCACCCACAAAGGAUGUCCCCCCAAAUGAUGUCACCACAGCAACAGAUGAUGGCUGACCAAAUGAUGAUGUCCCAGCAACAGGGCUAUGCCUCCCCCAUAGUCCCCACUCCGACUGCCAUGCUCAUAAAGCAGGCCAACAUGUCCCCUGCUCUUUCCCGCCGCUUCCACCCCUCUCCCACACCUUCCCGGCGCUCCGUCAUGAUGGGUUCGCCCCAGAUGAUGCGCCGCCCUCCUCCCAUGGCUUCCCCCAUGGCCCAGCACCGACGCAGCCCCUCCCCGCAGCACCCGAUGCGCGGAGCAGGGUUCCAGAGACCCCCUUCGGUUAUGUCUAGACGCAUGUCACCGCCGAUGUCACCCGUCUCCUUCCCGAGAAUGCGUCCUCAACGAUCGCCGUCCCCGCUGGCUCGGGGACGGUCACCCCCCCAUUCUCCCCGGGCCUCCAUGAUGCGUCGAAGCCCCCCCGUCUCACCCAGAGCGUCCAUGAGGCAACGUUCUCCCCCUCAGUCCCCCCGUGCGUCCAUUAGGAGAGCGAGCCCCCCUACCUCGCCCUCCCGCAGCCCGCUCGGGAGGAUGCGACUGAUCAGUUCCCCGUCUCCAUCGGUGUCCCCUCGGCAUGCCUCUCGCCCUACCUCACCCAUGCUCAGCAGGAGACACUCCCCCUCUCCUCCCCUCUCCCGCAGUAUGUCCCCCGCCGGACCUCGACGAGUGCAGGCCUCUCCGACGCUAUCACGGCGCUCCACUCGUUUAAUGAGGGAGCCGACCCCGCAGUCCCGGCCCCGGAUGAUGGGAAGGGGCCCCGUCCCCUUGGGCACAGUCCGACCCUCUCCCAUGGGUCUCCGAGGGCGACCGGUGCCCCCGCCGACGCAGAACGUCCGCCCCUUCCGUCCGUCCUCCCUGCGGAGCAACAGGUCUUCCGUUCUCACGGUGGACUCCAUUCUCUCCUCCCCGUUCCAGUCCCCUCACAUGUCACACCGCAUACCCCCCAGGAGACGCGACUCCAGCCGCAUGCCCUCUCGCCCCAUGGGUCGCGGGCGUCCGCUCAUGGUCCGGCAGCCCAGGAGGAUGCCUUCUCCACAGCCCUCCAUGAAGCACAUGUCCUACCCCGCAUCCCCUGCCAUGUCACACCGGAUGUCACGGCAAGCUUCCCCCAACCUACCUCGACGAGCUUCCCCGCAACCAAUGUAUGCCCCAGACGCUUACGCCGAUCCCCACAUGGAGCAGUAUAGUCAGCUCGGUCCCUCCUCCCCUAUGCUCUCCGGUGCACUGCAAAACCAGGCUAUUCGUGGGGCCUCCUACUCCUCCCCUUUGCAAAGACCGAUGUCUCCUUAUGAACAGCCCCUGCCACCCUCCUCUCCGAUGCUCUCCGGGGCAAUGCAGAACCAGGUCCUGAGAGACGCAUCCUACGCAUCUCCGUUGCAAAGGCCUCAGUCUCCGUACGGCCAGUCGGUUCCCUCGUCCCCCAUGCUGUCAGGGGCGAUGCAGCGUGGCGAGGCUCUCAGAGGCAUGACGUCCUAUCAGGUGCCCUCGCUGCAGCCUCAGUACGGUCCGACUGUAGUCACUCCGUCCGAUUACAUAUUCGAGCCUGCGCCCUCGCCGAUGUUGCACGAGGCCCUGCACAACCGCUCCUCCGACUUCCAGGGCGUCUCCACUCUCAGAAUGCCCUCGGCACAGCGCCGCGACUCUCAGGUCCAUUCCGGGCCCCAGCUCGGCCACGCACUGGACCAGAACCCUCACCUGAGGCAGGCGUCCUACCACACCAGCAUGCAAUUCGGGCCCUCGCCCGCUGCCCCCAUUGCUCCGUCCUCCCCGAUGCUGGGCAGUGCACUCCAAAACAGACAGAUGAUGCAAUCUGGGUACCGGCUACCUGAUGGAACCUUGAUGUCUCCAUAUGGGCCACAGAGGUCUAGUGCUCCAUCCUCCCCGAUGCUGGGUAAUGCUCUCCAAAACCAGCAGCUUCGUGGAGCCUCAUACACCCUGCCGGAUGGAAGGGUUUUCAGGGACCCAUAUCAGCCCACUUCUCCUAAUCUCUCUGGAGCUCUCAGGAACCCAAAUGUCAGAAACGCCUCCUACACUCUCCCAGACGGCACCAUCGCAGACCCGAGGCAACGGAUGCCCAUGUCACCCAACUUGGCGCGGGCCCUGAACAACCCGGCGGUCCGCAGGGCGUCCUACUCCCUCCCGGACGGGACCAUCAUGAUCGACCCCAACCAGGCCUCGUCCCCGAGUCUCACGGCGGCCCUCCAGAACCCCUACCUCAAGAGUGCGGCGUACACUCUCCCCGACGGCACCAUCAUCAUCGACCCGCGGAAACCCCUCUCCCCCAACCUGUCCGGGGCGCUGCAGAACUCGGCCCUGAAGAGCGCCUCCUAUAAACUCCCGGACGGGACGGUGAUCACCGACCCCAACGCUCCCAUCUCACCCAACCUGGCGAGGGCCCUCAACAACCCGGCCUUGAGAGGUGCAACAUUGACCCUCCCAGACGGGACCCUUCUAGUGGAUCCCAGGAAACCAAAGUCUCCCGUCCUGUCCGCUGCCCUCAAGAACCCCUACAUCAUGGGGGCCUCCUACACCCUCCCAGACGGCUCCAUCAUCAUCGACCCGAGGAAACCAGUCGCACCUAACCUUUCUAAAGCUCUUACGCUGAACACAAACAUGCGUAGCGCUUCGUACAAGCUUCCCGACGGCGCCCUGCUCAUCCCCGGUCAGAAGCCCAACCUCUCCUCCGCCCUGUACAGGAACCACGGCCUGCGCUCCAAAGAGCUCUUCCACCUGUCGGACGGUUCUGCCUUCACAGGCAAGCCCAAGCCCAGCACCCCCAACCUCUCGUCCGCCAUGCGCAAGCACGACAUGCGCGGCCAACAAAUGAGGCUCCCAGACGGGUCUGCGCUGGGCCGGCGCUUCCAGAUCCCGUCCCUGGGCGAGGCCAUCCAGAACGAGCAGCUCCGCUACGCCUCGUACCGGCUGCCCAGCCCGCUGCACGGCGCGGACGGCCAGUACGCCGUCAUCACCCCCUACGGGCCGCGCUCGGGCCACUGGGCCAAGAACGCCCGGGGAGGCGGGGACGGCGAGGAGGACGUCUGGUCGGCCGAGAGGGUCCUCCCCCACGGGACGGUCCAGAACCUGUCCAAGUGGUCCAUGUACAGGGAGGAGGGCCUGAUGGACCUCUUCGUGCCCACCGUCCUGGGCGGCGACGGGAAGCCGCUGGACAGCCUCUGGACCCCCGAGAGGGAGAGAGACGCGGGGGGGACUUGGUUUGACAAGGUCUACGCUAUUCGGAGCAUGCCCACCAUAGGCCACCGGGCCAGAAAUUGGGCACAGGGAAUGGAGGACAUGACACAGAUGGAGGAGUUGAAUGAGAACACUGUCCUAAUGAACCUCAAGAAACGAUUCGAUCAAGAGCUCAUAUACACCUACAUUGGCAGUAUCCUGGUCUCAGUGAACCCCUACAAGAUGUUCAACAUGUACGGAACGGACAUGGUGCAGAAGUAUGAGGGCCAUGGCCUGGGAGACAACCCUCCGCACCUCUUUGCCAUUGUUAAUCUCUCAUAUACGUCCAUGAUGGAUGCCAAACUCAACCAGUGUAUUGUAAUCAGUGGAGAGAGUGGAUCAGGGAAGACUGAAGCUACUAAACUAAUCCUGCGGUACUUGACAGCCAUACAUCACAAACGCAACAUCACACAACAGAUAGAGAUCUUGGAGGCCACGCCCCUGUUGGAAUCCUUCGGGAAUGCCAGAACGGUGCGCAAUGACAACUCCUCUCGCUUCGGCAAGUUUACCCAGAUCUAUAUGGAGGAGGGUGUGAUCAGUGGUGCCAUAACGUCUCAGUAUCUGCUGGAGAAGUCCCGCAUCGUCUUUCAGGCCAAAUCAGAGAGGAACUACCACAUCUUCUAUGAGAUGUUGGCUGGUCUUCCUCUCCAUGAAAAACGCCUACUGUAUCUACAGGAAGCAGAAACCUACUACUACCUGAACCAGGGAGGAGACUGUGUGAUCGAGGGGAAGGACGACGCGGAGGACUUCAAGCGUGUACUCCGUGCCAUGGAGAUCCUGUGCUUCACAGCAGAGGAACAGAACGCAAUCUACCGGCUGCUCUCAUCAGUCCUUCACCUGGGCAAUGUGUUCUUCCAGACACACCAGGUUGAAGGACAGGAGGUAGCUUCUGUAGUCAGUGCCCAGGAGAUCAGGGUGGUUGCUGAAUUACUGCAGGUCUCACCUGAUGGGCUGCUUAAGGCUGUCACCUUCAAGUUGACGGAUACAGUGAGGGAGAAGAUCUACACCCCGCUCACUGUGGAGAGUGCUGUGGAUGCCAGGGACGCUGUUGCCAAGGUCCUGUACUCGCUGCUGUUCGGUUGGCUGACGGAGCGCAUCAACGGCCGCGUGUACCCCCGCAACGAGGCGCUCUCCAUCGCCAUACUGGACAUCUACGGCUUCGAGGAGCUCCAGGUGAACAGCUUCGAGCAGCUGUGCAUUAACUACGCCAACGAGUCCCUGCAGUACUACUUCAGCCGGGUCGUCUUCCAGGAGGAGCAGGAGGAGUACAUGAGGGAGCAGAUUGAAUGGCAGCAGCAGGCCUUCAGUCACAACCAGGACUGUCUGGACCUCAUCGCCGCUAAGCCCCAUGGGAUACUGCGCAUACUGGAUGACCAGAGCGGGUUCCCCCAGGCAACGGACCACACCUUUCUUCAGAAGUGCCAUUAUCACCAUGGUGACAACCCGUUGUAUGCCAGGCCCAAGAUGCCCCUUCCAGAAUUCACCCUCAAACACUAUGCUGGGAAGGUCACCUACCAGGUGCAGAAGUUCCUUGACAAGAACUUUGACAGUGUCCGGCAGGAUGUGCUUGACCUCUUUAUCCAGAGCAAAAACAGAAUGGUGGCCAACCUGUUCCUGAAGCACUCGGAGGGUGUGUCCCAGCAGCGCUCCAGCGCGCGGAGCAGCAGUGUGGUGCGGCGUUUCCAGGCCAACACAGUGAGCGCUAAGUUCCAGAGCAGCCUACAGGAGCUCCUGGAGAAGAUAGAGAGGUGUAAGCCCUAUUUCGUGAGAUGCAUCAAGCCAAACCAUCACAAGGAACCCGGGGUGUUUGACAUGGAGCUGAUCAGCACUCAGUUGCGGUACUCUGGUAUCCUGGAGACCAUCCACAUUAGGAAGAUUGGUUAUCCAAUCAGAAUGCACUUCCACACGUUCCUGUUCAGGUAUAAAGGCCUGCUGUGCUUGGAGGACCCCCCUGCGACUGAUGGAGAGAACUGCGUGAUAAUGCUCCGCAAGCUUUGUCCCCUGAAACCUGGCACCUUUCAACUCGGAGUCACCAAAAUCUUCCUAAAGGAGGAGCUGUACCAGCUGUUGGAGGGGAAGCGCGAUCGCCUCCUGACCUUGGCGGCCAUGACGCUGCAGAGAUACGCACGCAUGUUCUUUGUCCGCAGGAAGUUUGUCAAGUUCAAGCGCCGCAUGAUGCAGCUGCAAGCACACUCCAGGGGCUACUUACUGAGGAAGAAGUUGGCUCUGACGAGGCGGUACCUCAUUAAGCUCCGCUCGGCGGUGCGCCUGAUUGUCAACCGUCAACGCUACAUGAGGGUGUGUGUCACAGAGAGCACACUGAAAAACGUCCUGCUGUUUUCUUCCUGUCAGACAGUAGUGGAGCCUGCCAGGAGAGCGGAGGAGGAUCGCAUCAACAGAGAGGUGGUGGAUGUGACAACACUUCCUGUUCCUGCUGAGUUGGCUGUCCUACUGCAAGCGGCGUCAGGAGGUUCUGAGCUGCACUCAGAUUGCCUGGCCCUGGUCCAGGCUCCUAAGGUGCAGGUGGAGUCCCAGCUCACCCUGCCGCUGGACAUCAACAACUACCUCAUGACUCACUACAUCAGGGCUAUAUUCAGGGAGCCAUUGUUUGGGAUGCUAACAGCGCCUCUGGAGCUCUCUCUGACCAGGACGGAUGCAGAAUCCAAACAGAGAUCCCUGGAUGUCUUCAUUCUGAUACUGCGGUUCAUGGGGGACCCGGAUCUGAACGGGGCCCAGGAGAACAUGUUUGGGAACUUCAUCAUCCAGAGAGGACUAGCCAAACCCAGCCUCCGCGACGAGAUCCUGGCCCAGGUGGCCAACCAGGUGUGGAGGAACCCCAACGCGCUGAACUCUGAGCGGGGCUGGCUCCUGCUGUCAGCCUGUCUCUCUGCUUUCCUGCCAUCUCAAAGGCUUGCCAAGUACCUUCUCAAGUUCAUGUCAGACUACGGUCCUGAAGGCUACGACUGCGUCUGCCAGCACCGCCUGCUGCAGGCCCUGCAGCGGGUCAGCGCCGGGCCGGAGCACGUGCGCACGUACCCGCCCUGCCUGCUGGAGUGGACCGCCAACCGCAAGAGAGCGCACACCGUGCUGCACAUACACUGCUUUGAUGGUUUGUCCUUUCUGUGUCCCCUCCACUCCUGGACGACAGGAGAGGAGCUCUCAAAGGACAUCCUACAACACAGGGGCAUGGUGGAGGGCCGUCGCGGCUGGUCGGUGCUGCUGAAGGAGCCUGCCCAGUGGGUGGAGCUGGAGGGAUCGGACUACGUCCUGGACCUGAUGUCUGACCUGGAGCUGCCCGCAGACUUCCCCAAGCACAGCAGCUACUUCAUCAUCUCCGCCCAGGAGCCGACCCGGGUCCGGCCCAACGCGAGCAUAAGCUUGUUGGGCAGUGGGUUUGAUGUGAAUGAUGUCACAUCCUCCAUCCUACCUUCCUCUGAUGGAGCCUACCAAGACUUGGAUCGCCAGCGAGGAAUGGAUCACUAUCUUGACAGCCUGUUUGACCCUGUACUUUCCGAUGGGAAUGGACAGGAGGAGGAUGCAGCAGCGUUGAGCUCCAGGAUGCGAGGGGGAGGGGGUGUGGGCGGAGGCUGGGGGGACAGAGAGGAGUCUGAACGGAGCGUCUACUCCCCCCCACCCCCGCCUGGAGCUGUGCGAGUACUGCCGGUGGGAGGGGUGAUGACACCUCCCAUGGCCCCAGUGGCCCCAGUAGCCCCAGAUAAUCAACAGGCGGUGCUGGCCCAGCAGCAGGCUAUAAUGAACCAGCAAGCCAUCAUCAUGGCCCAGCAGAUGACCAUGCAGGCCAUGGCCAUGGUGGGCGGCCCGGUGACCAGCCCGCCCACCACCCCCAUCACCAGCCCCCCCAUGAGCCCCCUGCUCCACCACCCGCCCAGCCCUUACGGCGUCACUAGCCCCUACUCCACCUACAGCUCCUUCCCCCCCAGCCCUUACGGCACCAUCCCCCCAAGCCCCUAUGCCUCUGCUGCUCCUGCUGCUGCUGCUGCUGCUCCACCCAGCCCCUACCCUCCCAUCACCCACCAGGCCACUGCGUCCCCAGCCCAGGGCCGGGGCAACGGCCAGGCCCAGGCGUCACAGGCCUCUGGCCACAGGCCCGUGGGUCAGCCCAACGUCGCAGGCAAACCCGGAGCUCCGAAGAUGAAAGCCAACCCCAACCCGACUCCCAUGCCGGAGUCCAAUAAAGACAGCAUUACCAGGAGGAGAGCUCCAGGGAUCCCCAUUAACAAGGACAAGCCAGCCAAGAAGUUUGCUCCGGUGGUGACAACUCCUCUGCCCCCUAGUGGUGACGUGGUGAAGUACUCAGCUCGCACCCAUGACCACAUGAUCCCCAGCCAAGACAUCAAAGAUAUUAUUAGACGUUAUGACUCACCACCGCCCGCCACUGACCCACUACCGGCUGAAAAGAGCCGACCAGAUGGGAAGUUCAGGAAGAAGCAGAGCCCUCGGGAUGAGGCACUACAGAUCCUCAGACCACAGAUAGACAAUCCUCCAGCGCCCCAGCCCAGACGCCCCACGGCGCAGUAUCCAUCCGCCUCCACAGGCUACAAACCCGCCAAGAAGAAAGGACCUUCACGGCCUGUUCCCCCACCUCCUCCAAUUUCCCGGGAGCUUCCUGUGGAGACGGAGAGGAUCCAGACCCAGCUCCACCAGAGCAACAACCAGGAGCACUACACCUACACCAACGUGCCCUGGAGGCUGUACCUGCGCAAAGAGGUGUUCUAUCCUAAAGACAGCUUCAACCACCCCCUGAUGCUGGAACUCAUCUUCAAGCAGAUUGUGAAUGACACUCUGUCAGAGGCGUGCGUUCGCAUCACGCGGGAUGAAAGGCAGAAGAUGAAGGCCCUGUUCGUUAAACACAGAGUCCAACAGAACAUGGACCCCGUUGAUGACAGUGUGAAGAAGACGGUCGUCACGGCAGCCAGAGAGACCUGGGAGAUCUACUUCUCUCGCCUCUUUCCUGCUUCAGGCAGUGUGGGAACAGGAGUGCAGCUGCUGUCCGUGUCCCACAGUGGUAUCAAGCUGUUAAAAACGGUCAAGAGCAGCGCGGCGGCGCCAGACUACUUCAGAGUACUGCGGCCGUACACCUACGCAGACAUCCUGUUCGUCACCAUCCCCUCGGAGAACAUGCUGGAGUUCAACCUGACCAACGAGAAGCUGAUCCUGUUCUCAGCCAAGGCCCCGCAGGUCAAGCACCUCAUCGACACCUUCAUCACCGAGAUCAAGCAGGACUCGGACUACGUGAUAGCCGAGAGGAACUUCGUGACGGACGAUCACUCGCGCCUCAGUUUCCACAAAGGCGACAUCAUCAGGGUGCAAGUGAUGGACGGCCUGGAGAAGGGGUUCAGCUAUGGAUGUGUGGUGAGGAAGAAGGUGGUGUUCCUGGAGGAAAUGAAGAGGGAUACUCAGGAGUUUGGGUGGAAGUUCGGCGCGGUGCACGGCCGCUCCGCGGCCUUCCCCGUGGAGUGCGUCCGCCCCGUGGCCGCGCCCGACUUCCUGUCCGUCCCGCUGAACCGCACGGCGGAACCCCGGGGAGGGGCGGGGCAGUUCGCCGUGUCGUCGGCCGUGGCCGUCGCCGUGGCGUCCACCAUGGCCGCCCAUGAGAUAGACCCGACGUUAGAGAGGGUGUCACUUGAGGAGUUUGAUCUCCGUGGCGAGGGAGAUACGUACGAUAGUCUCCUGCAAGACAGCAAAUAUGACAUGGUUGAGUUCGCCAAGAACUUCUUCAGACAGGGCACGCCAGGAAAGAGUGACUCCCUGAAGAGCAGGGGCAAGACCAUGUCUCCCAGAGAGCCAUCUGAGAUGAUCAAGUUCUCCAAGACGCCGCUUACCCAGUCUCUGAUAGAGUUCACUGACCCCGCCUUGAACAGAGUGGCAGCGGAUCUCUUCCUGUCCGUGAUGCGCUUCAUGGGGGACCAUCCGAUCAAAGGUCUCUCAGAGCAGGAGGUGGUCAGCACCUUCCUCAAGCUUAUUGGCGAGUUCAGUCUGAUGAAGGAUGAGGCUUACUGCCAGGUCCUCAAGCAACUUACCGCUAACACCAGCUCUAAACCGGACAGUUGCCAGAGAGGCUGGAGGCUGUUGUACAUCCUGACGGCGUUCCAUCGCUGCUCAGAGGUCCUGAAGCCUUUCCUCUUCAAGUACCUGCAGCACGCCUACCUCAGCGCCGGAGUGCUGUUUCAGGGUAUUGCUAAGGCCUGUGAGCAGAACCUGAAAAAGACGUUUCAAUAUGGAGGGCGCGUGAUCCCUCCAAACAGCAUGGAGCUGAAGGCUAUGGUGGCUGGACGGAGCUCCAAGCGACAGCUGUUUCUCUUGCCAGGAGGUAUUGAGCGUCACCAAAAGAUCAAGACAUGCUCUGUGGCUCUGGACGUGAUCGAGGAGCUGUGUUACGAAAUGGGCCUGCACCGGCUAGAGGUUAUGGAUGAAUACACUGUGUUCCUGGUCACCAGUCGAGGUCAGAACGUGCGUCCUCUGAAUAAGCAAGAGUACGUCCUGGACAUCGCCACAGAGGCAGAGGAGGUGGACAGCAACUACAGCUUCUGGUUCCGCCGGGUCGUCUGGACCCAGCCGCUCAAGUUUGACAAUGAGCUCUCUGUGUCCAUGCACUACAACCAGGUCCUGCCCGACUACCGCAAAGGCCUUUUAAAUGUGCUUCCCCGGGGGAAAGUAAGCGAUCAGCAGUUCCACCAGAUCUCCAAAUUAGCCUCCCUGCAGCACAGAGCCAAGGACAUAAUCUUCAUCCCCAGCAUCCAUGAAUUGUCGGAAUACAUCCCCCCACCUCUUUUUGGGAAGCAGCCGCCCCAGCAGUGGGUUACUAUGGUGACACAGCACAUGCAGCAAGUGCAGUCGCUAAGCGCGCACCAGGCCAGAGCGCAGUACCUGGGGCUGGUCAGCGCCUUCCCCAUGUUUGGCUCCUCCUUCUUCUACAUCCAGAGCAGUAGCUCCACCUCUUUGUACGCUCCUUGUAUUCUCGCUGUCAAUCAACAUGGCCUCCACUUUCUGCACAAGGACACGCAUGAAAUCCUUCAUGUGGUCCCCCUGGCGGAGGUACAGUCGACACGCACCCAGAGGCCCACGGCUGGCACAAGCUACCCCUAUGUAGACCUAACCCUGGGAGACAUGAACACACAAAGGGUGGUUCAACUUCAAUUGGAGCAGGGCCUGGAGUUGUGUCGGGUGAUUGCCAUGCAGGUAGAGAACAUGAUGUCGUUACGAGAGAAGAGACUAAUCCUUCCGGCGAGUGAAAUCACCAUGUUGUAACUCAUGGCAACGCCCACUCCUGUGGGCAAGGCCAUAGGCACACAUAGGCAUUAGCCACAUAAAUGCACUUCACAGCACAAACACA